AUGACCUCCAGAUACAGAGUAGAAUAUGCUUUGAAAAAGCAUAAGAGAGACGAAUUCAUUGAGUGGAUCAAAUCGCUUUUAGCAGUGCCCUUUGUGCUCCAUGCUGAUUUGGAAAACUAUGAGGAAAUCUAUUCAAUACAAAAGGAGGCGGACAAGUUCCUCGAAAUGCACGAGCAGACUCUCGCCAAAACGUGCAAGGAGAGAUAUAUGGAAGUGUUCAUGGAUGUCGAGAAAUUGAUCGAUAGCACCCGCUACUUGGAUAGCUUCCACAGUGGCGAUGGCAUCUCUCGCUCUAGAUUACGGCAAUUGGUACCUUCAGUAGGAAGGUUUUUCACAAGAUUGCCAUUGAAGGAGGCGUUUGAGAUCGAGGAUACCAAGAAGCUGAUUUCCAGAAGACGUCUUGUGUCUCCUUCCUUCAAUGACGUGAGAUCCAUCCUCAACACGGCCCAGGUUUUAGCACUUACUUCACAGGCUGAAGAGGAUUCAAGAUUGAAACUCAUCACCUUUGACGGUGACGUUACGCUUUAUGAUGAUGGCAAGUCUCUAUUACAAUCUUCUCCUUUGGUCGACUGUCUAGUUGAGCUUUUGGCUCACGAUAUCUAUGUUGCAGUUGUUACUGCGGCAGGGUAUCCUGGAGAAUCGGGCGCUUUGGAAUAUCAUAAGAGAUUGCCUGGUCUUAUCGAAGUUUUGAGAACAACGGAUCAGCUUACAGACAAGCAGAAGAGCAACUUUUUGGUCAUGGGUGGUGAGUCGAACUACUUGUUCCGUUUUGACGUUGCGAAGGGAGGUUUACAAUUUAUCGAGGCCGAUGAAUGGUAUCUUCCGCUCAUGAGGGCCUGGGAUGCUGACAAGAUCGUCCACAUCAUGAACGCAUCCUUUGACCACUUGGUGCACUUGCAGAAGAAGUUCUCGUUGGAUGAUGAGAACAAAACUACAAUCAUUAGAAAGGAGCGUUCCCUUGGAAUCAUACCAACCAAUGGCUACAAAAUUCUGCGUGAGACACUUGAAGAAAUAGUGCUUUCUCUUCUGACUCGAUUGCACGACAUUCUCUACGGUGCCAGUCCAGCUUUGCCAGAUGAAAGCCACCACUUCACGUCUGUGGUUGCAGGUAACAACGAUAGCGAUUUGCGAGUUUGUGCUUUCAACGGUGGCUCUGAUGUCUGGGUGGACAUUGGAGAUAAAUCGCUCGGAGUUGAAGCUUUGCAGCAUUACUUAUGCAAGGACUCGGAUAUGCCGGUAAUCUCCAAGAGCGAGUCCUUGCACAUCGGCGAUCAAUUCGCAUCAGUGGGUGCAAACGACUUCAAAGCUAGACUCAGUGCUUGUACUGUUUGGAUUGCCAGCCCGAAGGAGACUGAAGAAAUUCUUUUCCAUCUCAUCGAAUUCUUGACUGGCGAAUCUACGUUGGCAAAUUAA